AUGUCUAUGCUAGAAUUUAAAGAUGAAGAUGUUCCCUCAACUAUUAGAGAUGAAAAUAAUUAUCGUUGGAUUGAUGCUACUGGUAUAACAGUCAAUGACUGCAACUUAUGUUUAAAGUGUAUUCUACAAGCAUUAUAUGAAAUUUUAGACGGCAAAGAAAAUAAAACUAGCAAAGACCUCGACAACAUAAACCUUUUGCUAAUCCUUCUGCAAAAACAUACUUUAGUACCUUCACGUUUGAAAUGGCCAGGGAAAUUUUAA